AUGACCGAAGCUCAAUUCCCAUACGAUAUUACAUCCUGGCCCAUGGAGAGUCUCGUUGAUUCGCAUAUGGGACAGCACGACGAGCUCAGCCCGCACCCUUUUAUCGCCAGCGACUAUCCUCUGACAAUGCAGGAGGGACUAGAUCCCUCCUGGGGUGGCGAGCAGUUUAGCUGGGUGAAUGAAUACCCGGCUAAAUCGACCGCAUUUCAACCAUAUCCGCAAAUGUGGUAUGAUGCCGGCCUGGUGAGAGAGGACUGUGGAGGGACGAAAACAGAUAUCAGAAGCCCAAUCAACUCCCUUCCAAACCCCCGAGAAUCCCCCGAUACACUCCCGCCCCGAUUUCGAGCUCGCAACACAAAGAGCCCUCUUCAUGACUCCCUCCCCCAAAGCCCUCGCCUUCCCCUUCCCGGAUCUCCAAGUUCCGAUCCCAACGCAUCCCCAGAACCAAGCCACGCCUCAUCAAGCGUGUGGGAAGGCGAAGCCGAGCGCGAAGACGCCCAAUACAUGCAAUUCGACUUCGGCCCGUCCGAUUUCGGGGCCUCGGCAUUAGACGCCCAAUAUCAGCCUGGUCAGACCCACAGUCUCAGCUCCCCGCACCAUCGACACUCCCGAGUCGACGAAGAGUGUCUCACACCACUCGAGAUGCCAGAUGGCAGUACCCGCUUGACAUCAAAUUGGCUGCCCGUGGACCCUGAUGCUGGCUUUGCGAUUGGUUCUCCCACCAUGGUGGACGAGGAUGUUGCUGCGUUCCAGGACAUGAAGCAUGCGUUCUUUCCUGCGGUCCCCGCGGCUUGGUCGUAUGAUCGAUGA